AUGGAAUCAACAGCAUCAACAAGCGAUAGUGCAUCCGCCAUAACCACUGGUUUAAGUGAAGUAGACAUUAAUCAACAAUCUCCACCAAUUAUACUUAAAGAGGGUGAGAUUUUUGACCCAUUAAAAAAUUUAAAUGAAAAACAAUUAGAAGCAUUCAAAGAGAUUAAAUCAAAUUUCUCAGAUUUAACUGAUCCAACUGAUAUUGCAUUUUGUACAGAUAUGUGUUUUUUAAGAUAUUUAAGAGCUAGAAAUUAUAUUGUUUCAAAAUCUGAAAAAAUGUUAAGAGACACAUUAGAAUGGAGAAAGAAAUUUAGACCACAAGAUAUCCAAUUAGGUGGUGAUAUUAGAGAAAUUGGUUCAGCUGGUUGUGUUUAUGUAAAUAAAAGAGACAAAAAAGGAAGACCAAUCAUUUUUGCAGUUCCAAGAAAUGAUACACUCAAAAAUGUACCAAGUGAACUCAAAUUUAAAAAUUUAGUUUAUUGGUUAGAACAAGGUUUCAGUCGUAUGGAUGAACCAAAAGGUAUUGAACAAUUUUGUUUCAUUGUCGAUUAUAAAGAUUUCGGUAGUGGUAAUAUGGAUAUGAAAACAAAUUUAGAAGCUAUGCACUUUUUAUUAGAUCAUUGUCCAGAAAGAAUGGGUCAAUCUUUAUUCCUUGAUCCACCAGCACUCUUUUGGUUUGCAUGGAAAAUUAUUUCACCAUUUUUAAAUGAAGUUACACUUUCAAAAGUUAGAUUUAUAAAUAGUAAAAAAGUUGAUGGAAAAAGAACUUUUGCAGAAUUAUUAGAAUAUGUUGAUAUUGAAAAUUUGGAACAAAAUUUAGGUGGUAAUUUAGAUUAUAAUUACAAUAUCGAUGAAUACUUGAAAGAAAAUCCAGAUCCAAUCGUAGAUACUCCACCAAUCACUUUUUCAACUGAAACAGAUUCAAAAAAACAAAAGAAAGAAAAGAAAAAAGAAGAAAAAGAAAAGAAAAAAGAAGAAAAAGAAAAGAAAAAAGAAGAAAAAGAAGAGAAAAAGAAAGAAAAAGAAGAGAAAAAGAAAUUAAAGAAAGAAGCAUCUUUUACUAAACAACAAGAAAAUGCUGAUGAAGUUGAUUAA